UGACAAGUCGUACGAAUUAAACGUUAGUGUCUGCAAAGAGAACAUUAUUGUUAUCAUCACCGCAGUGAUCUGCAUUGUGGCAAUGAUAAAAAACAUAAGAAAAGGUGAACAAAUCACGCCCGCACUUCUGGGUCAAUAUGAUCAACUUCGUACUUUAUUGAAUAUUUUAGUUGAUUCGGAUCAGUAUCGGGCGGCGUGCAAGAAUCCAGACAGCUUAGCUCAGAUCAAAGCGAAAUAUGAAGAAAUUUUAACCCCUUUAGAAGAAAAAGUCAGCCAAAGAUUGAUUGGAAAUAAAAAGAUUAAAGAAUUGGCCGAGACUGAAACGCCCGACCUGAUAUGUGACGCUUGUUACACACAUAACCUCGUUGAUGAGAGCGAUGUUGCCAACUUCUCAGGCUGCACCCACAUUUUCUGCAUGGAAUGUGCUAUGAAAAACUUCACCAGAAACAGAGGAAAUCGGUGCCCGGUGUGCGACAAACUCGCUCUCACUUGGAUCCGCCGCUCACAGCUUCUCAGGGUGUGGACGUUCAUCAAUGACAACGUGAAGGAUGAGAAGAAAAAUUAAGAAAUAUCAAGAGAUGUCAAGAGCUGUGAAGCUACCUUAACCUGCAACAACGUAGUUCAUCAAUGAGACAAUGACAACGUGAAGGAUGAGAAGAAAAAUUAAGAAAUAUCAAGAGAUGUCAAGAGCUGUGAAGCUGCCUUAACCUGCAACAACGUACCUCAAACUUAAACUAUCUAA